AUGGCUGAAUUUAAACAGUUGAGAGACGUGAGUAAUACAUUUGAGGAACAAAUAAGAAAAGUUUCUGCUGAACUAUUUUCUGCGAAAAUCGGUGAAACUUUUGAAGAUGGGAUCGCUAAGAAAAUGCAAGAUUUAACAUUUUUUACUUCUAAACUGAGACUUUUAAAGGCUAAACCUAUAGCUUCAUCCCCAGAAGCAACCCACCAACCACACUCAGUAAAUGCCACCAAAGAAUAUGGUGAACUAGUGAUGUGGAAGGUUCUAGAACAGGCCAUAGUGAAGUCUCUUACACAGAUGCAUUCUGUGAAGGCUCUUAUCACUGCUCCGGAUCGGGACUUGGACCCUGAAUUGGUGGAGAGAAAGGAGAAAAUAAUCCAAUCCCUCAAAGAGUACCGUCACCAUGAGACGCAACUCCGUCAUCUCCAUUCCGUAGAGCAAGAGAAAGAGGAGGAGUUAGCAGCCGUAAGACAACAGUGGGACGAGGAGUUGACUAGACUGAGGGACUUGCAGGAGGAAGCUGCGCAGUUUGAGGAGUGUGAUGUUUCUGGCCCUCUAUAUAAGAAACUACGGACUAUGGUGGACAAGCUGGAGCUGAUGCGGUGGUUGGUGUGUCGGCUGGUGACGUCACGUGGGUCCCACGACUGGCUCGCCGCGCCUUCGCGCACCGCUCGAGCUCUCACACUGGCGCGUACGCACAACACUGUACAAAUGUUUGUCGAUGGUUCAUGA